AUGCCUCUCGCGGGGAACAUCUACUAUAUCGCGGCCGUCUCCGUCAUUGGAGGCGGUCUCUUUGGCUUUGACAUCUCGUCUAUGUCCGCUAUUCUGGGGACAACUGCCUACAAGUGUUACUUCAACCAGGGACCCGAGGGCCCGCCUUUCAAUGACAGCAACACAUGCAGUGGAUUGAGCUCCUUGUCCCAGGGUGGUGUUACUGCCUCCAUGCCCGCUGGUUCGUGGCUUGGUGCUUUGAUUUCUGGUUUCAUCUCGGACCGUCUUGGUCGUCGCUACUCUAUUAUGGUUGGAUGUGUUAUCUGGAUUGUUGGCUCUGUUAUUAUUUGCGCUUCGCAGAACAUUGCCAUGCUUUGUGUGGGUCGUGUCAUCAACGGAAUUGCUGUCGGUAUCGAGAGUGCCCAGGUUCCUGUCUACAUCUCGGAGCUUGCUCCUCCCUCCAAGCGUGGUCGUCUGGUUGGAUCCCAGCAGUGGGCUAUCACUUGGGGUAUUCUGAUCAUGUACUACAUCUGCUUCGGUUGUUCCUACAUCGGUGGCCAGGACACCACCAACUACAGCACCGCCGUCUUCCGUAUUCCCUGGGGUCUCCAGAUGCUCCCUGCCGUCCUCCUCUUCCUCGGCAUGAUCAGCCUCCCCGAAUCCCCCCGCUGGCUCGCCCGCAAAGACCGCUGGGAAGAAUGUCAAUCCGUCCUCGCCCUCGUCCACGGAAAGGGUGACCCCAACAGCCCCUUCGUCGUCGCCGAGAUGCAAGAGAUCGGUGAGAUGUGCGAGUUCGAGCGCCAAAACGCCGACGUCACAUACCUGGAGCUGUUCAAGCCCAAGAUGAUCAACCGUACCUUCAUCGGUAUCUUCAUGCAGAUCUGGUCCCAGCUCACCGGCAUGAACGUCAUGAUGUACUACAUCACUUACGUCUUCACCAUGGCCGGCUACUCCGGCAACGCUACCCUCCUCGCCUCCUCCAUCCAGUACAUCAUCAACGUCGUGACUACCGUCCCCGCUUUGAUCUGGGUCGACAAGUGGGGUCGUCGCCCUACUCUGCUGGUCGGUGCUGCCCUCAUGAUGACCUGGAUGUACGCCAACGCCGGUCUCAUGGCCUCGUACGGUGUCGUCGUCCCCGGUGGUAUUGACGGAACUCCCGAGGAGUCCAUGCGUCUGAGCGGUGCCCCCGCCAAGGCCCUCAUCGCCUGCACUUACCUCUUCGUUGCCUCCUACGCUCCCACCUGGGGCCCCGUGUCCUGGGUCUACCCUCCCGAGUUGUACCCCCUCCGUGUCCGCGGAAAGGCCGUCGCACUCGCUACCUCCGCUAACUGGGCUUUCAACACCGCUCUGGGUCUCUUUGUGCCCUCUGCUUUCGCCAACAUCCGCUGGCAGACUUACAUCAUCUUUGGUGUUUUCUUGACCGUUAUGUGGCUCCACGUUUUCUUCAUGUUCCCUGAGACUGCUGGCAAGACUCUUGAGGAGACCGAGCAGAUCUUUGAGGAUCCCAAUGGUAUUCCGUACAUUGGUACCCCUGCCUGGAAGACUCGCCACGAUCACAAGCGUACUGCUGCUGCUGAGCGUGGUGAUGUUGAGGUCCUGGGUGAGAGAUUGGCGAUGGCUGAGAAGAAGCCUGUUGCUGCUCAUGCUGAGGACAGCACUGAGUCAUCUUAA